AUGGACUCCCACUCCUCCUCAUGGUCCUCAUGGUCACCUCAUGGUCCUCAUGGUCACCUCAUGGUCCUCAUGGUCACACUCUUACUGACUCAACCUGAACCGCCGUGCUACGUCAUUGGCGUCUUUUUUUGGGGCGCUAUUCUUUUAGCACAGCGCUACUUUAGAAGGCUCCACCGGCGGCUCUCCGGGGGAUCGCAAGUCUUUAAGGGCCCCCUCACACCCGCUGAACUCCUAGCUCGAAAGAAAGAGGAACGAUGGUGGACAACGUUGAUGCAAGUGGCAGUACCAUUCUUCAUAGCUGGAUGUGGUACUAUUGGUGCCGGUUUAGUGUUGGGGACAGUCAGGGAUUGGGACGUAUUUAUCAACGUUUCAGCCAUUUUUGUACUCGUUCCGUCGCUCUCUGGUCUUAAAGGUAACCUCGACAUGUGUCUCGCCUCCCGUCUGUCCACCCAGGCGAACCUCGGCAACAUGAAUUCUACAAGGGAAGUCAUAUCCAUGGUAGUCGGAAACAUAUCACUCGUACAGGUGCAAGCGAUAGUGGCAGCGACGGUGGUGUCAAUAUUUGCGAUAGUUGUGAACACCAUCACGGAUCGCUCCAUCAACGGCUCCUACGUCCUGCUGCUUGUUGCCUCGGCUGUCUUCACCGCUACUACCACGUGUUUCGUUUUAGAUUUCGUGAUGGUCAUGGUGAUAUACGGGUCGUAUAAGUUCAAAGUGAACCCGGACAACGUGGCGACACCCCUGGCGGCCUCUAUCGGGGAUAUCGUGAGCAAUACAGUGCUGGCUGUCACCGCUCAGUAUAUGUACGAACAAAUACAGAUAUCGCUCUGGCAGCCUAUAGCGCUCAUGUGCGUGUACUACAGCCUCCUGCCUCUGUGGGUGUUCAUCGUGUGGCGCAACAAGUACACCAAGAAGGUUCUCACCAGCGGAUGGACUCCAGUCAUUUCUGCACUCUUCAUCAGUGGAAUCGGUGGCAUCGUUCUGGACAAGGCUGUGGACCACUACCGAGGUUACGAAGUAUUCCAGCCCAUCGUCAACGGCAUCGGAGGCAACCUGGUCUGCGUACAGUCCUCGAGGCUGGCGACCCACCUGCAUCAGACCGCCAUCCCCGGGGUACUGCCUGAGAACACCAGGCUCAUCGAGUGGCCUUGGAAGACCUUGUUCUAUGGAACUGCUGCAGCUAAGGUGGCUCGCAUGCUGCUGAUGCUGGCUCUCUUCGGGCAGAUCAUCUUCAUGGUGGUCGCGGACUUCGUGUACCAGGGCAUGGUCACCUUACAAGUACCAUUCGGAAUCACGUACCUCAUGUGCUCGCUCUUACAAGUUUGCGUGCUACUGUACCUCGCCUACGUGCUCGUGCACCUGAUGUGGCAGAAGAAGAAGGACCCCGACAACGCGGCCAUCCCCUACCUCACGGCCCUCGGCGACCUCCUCGGAUCCGUCUUCCUCGGCCUCACCUUCGUCAUCCUCUCACUCUUCGGCAUGGAGUACGGCAACAACGUCCAAUGAAACAACAUCAGGCAAGAAUCACACCCGAGUUUACUUUGGAUCAACAUGAUUUUUAAAUAGCCUUAUAUUUUUGAAUCUUGUAUUUCUAAGGAUUUUAGAUCCGUUUUCGAGAACUGCUCCUAUGAGGAGUUAGAAUUGAUGUUCCUCAACACUGCGUGGCCAGUCCAAUACGAUGUUAAUACCAAAGGUUACUGAAUCAUUCGUUGCGUUUCAGCUUAACGAUUCAUCAUUGCUUUUAGAUAACUUUAUUUUUUUCAUUGAUCGGAGUAAGAUAAAGUGGGAUUAACGGUCCUGAUGUAUUGGAAUCGCUUGGAUUAUGUCAAACCGGUGUGCCAAUGUAUUGUAUGACGACGACAUUAGUGUUAACGCGACAGUAUUCAUACUUUUUGAUUGAGUGUUAUCGUUUUUUGAUUAUUUAUUGCGAGAUAUUACUCUUUAUGUAAGAGUUGACACCACGGGAGUCGAACUGUGAUAUGUAAUGUAAAAAAUGUGAUUAACGCAAUUAUUUUAAAUAUUUCGACAUCAAUUUUUAAUGGGAUGGACAAUAAAUGAGUGAAUCGUGGAUCGUUCCGGAAUUGAUGACGAUUUGAUGAUGAAAUGUCUUUGCAAAUUGUGUUGUCACGAUGACUCUCUUUAUUUAGAAACGUUUUACUUUCGACGCCGACGAUUGUUUCGUACUUCAUCUUAUGAGCUUUGCUGUAAUAUUUUAGAGAAUAUGUUUUUUACAAUAAGUGUCAUAUCCAAUUUUAAUUGGCUAUUAGUUCUAGAUAAAUUUGUAGAUACUUGUGUAAAUAUGAGGAGGCGUGUCACUUUGGUGAUGUUAACAUUAUGUGAUAUAAUAUAGACACUUGGUUCUUGACUUAGCUAUGGUACAUUUGACCGACAAAUUACUAUUAAAUUUAAAAGGUUAAUAAAAUUGUCCAGAUUCAAAAAGUUUUAAUAAGAAAUUUCUAGUUCUUGAAGUCAAUUUUUCUAGUGCUAUCGAUCUUAGAUUCGCAAGAUUAAAGUAGAAAUGUUGAUACUAAUAAUAUUUAGAUCCGAAGCGUUACUGUCAUCCGUCAAAUUUAAUCCUUUCAUAUUGUGACGUUUUGAAACUAUAAUAGUCCAAGAUAUAGGUGAACUUGAAGUUUGAUCAUCUGUAUCAUCUGCUAUAACUUUGUCAUGUUGUGUUAAAACGUCAUAAUAUCCCUCAUGAUCAUUAAAACAGUAUUAGUUACAUCGUUGACUGUUUUGUCCUAGAUUUUUGGUCUGCGUGUCAUGUUUUUAUGGUCGAACUAAGGCUAUGCGAGGAUGUGUCGCAACAUAUCGCCUCUCCAAGGUCAUUUCGUGUGGACUUUCCUCUUUUAUUCUAAACCUUGACAAAUAACCUUCUGGAACAUGAAGUAGAAUUUUAAUUUAUUUACAUUCAAUCUUAUUUUCUAAAUUCCGUAUUGUUUUAACAGUUACACUUGAUUUUUUAAGGUUAAAAUCGUAGUUAACAAAACCAAGUGUUAGUUGAUAAAUUUAGUUUUUAGUUUAGAGAAUUGAGUACAAUAAAGCAAUUAUGUAGUUUUUAAGUUAUGAGGCCUAAACUAAUUUAUUGGAAUAACCACGUAUCGUAAAUAUUGGUUAUAAUAAUCAGACUUCAUAGUAUUAGAAGCAUUUUGAUUGGAUUAAGAACUAAAAUAAGGUAUAAUUAAUACAUUCUGUUUGUUUGUUUGUCUGUUAAGAUCUCACAAAUUGAUAUAUGCACCUAAAUUUGCAUCUACCUCCUCAGGAAAAACAUUAAAAAAAUUACGUAUAAUGUAUGUGUGAUACAUAGAUGAAGUUAUUUUUGUAAUACCAAAUACGGUACAGUCAGAGACACGUGAAAAACUUGUGUUGUUACCUGUACCUUCUUGACUGCUCUGCAGUGAUUCAUAGUAGAAAGUCGAAAUCGACAUUUACCCAACAUAAACAAAUGUAACGAGAAUUAGGAGUACAGUAUUGUGAAUGUUACUAGACUCAAAAUAAAAAUUCUACCAAAAUAGUAGCUUUUAGUAGAAACUUGUUGCUAUCACAAAACAAAAUGACAAUAAAUGCCUCAUUUCAAUAUCACGGCACUGUACUCUUACAACAAAAACUAGACCAGACUUCAGUAAUUUUAAGGUAUAUUUUUGAAUGAAUGAUGUGAUAUAAAUGAAUUUUACCAUGUAUAUAAAGAAUUGUUAUGUAGUACGUAAAUCACUGAAAAAAGCUGUUGAUAGUUGUUAGUUACGCUUGCCUUUGGAUAAAAGGUUGCACGGGACAUCCA